AUGGCUAUUUCAUCCAUCCUAGAUCAUCCCGUCACCAGCCUCGUCGUUGUGUACUUUGUUUACCUGCUAGGUCUUGUGGUCUAUCGUCUCUAUUUCCACCCGCUAGCCAAAUACCCUGGGCCAAAAUACGCGGCGAUCAGCCGGUGGCAUGAGUUCUACUACGAAGUCGUCAAGAAAGGACAGUUCACAUUCAAGAUCCAAGAACUGCACAAGCAGUAUGGCCCCAUCGUCCGCAUCGUCCCCGAUGAGCUGCACAUCCAAGACUCUGAGUUCUACGACACAGUCUACACCAAGGCUGGUCGAGUCGACAAGUAUGACUGGAUGGCAGGCCGCUUUGGCUGCGACACCUCCGUCUUCACGACCGGUCCUGACGAGCUGCAUCGCAUUCGCCGGGGCGCGUUGAACCCGUUGUUCUCACGAGCUCGCAUUGUCGACCUGCAGACCAUCAUCCGGACCAAGAUUGAUAUUCUGCUCGACCGCAUCCGCGAAUUCCAGAGGGACAACAAGGUGUUACCCAUCAACCGGGCUUUCAUGGCUCUUACCGGAGAAGUGGUGAUGGAGUACUGCUUCUCCAUCAGCUACGGCCACCUGAAGCUACCCAAUUUCGAGAAGACGCUGCACGAGCCGUUCAUGGCGGCGAGUAUCAGCGGCCAUCUUUCGUUGCAGUGUCCCUGGGUGCCCAAGAUGUUGUCUAUGCUACCAGAAUCCAUCCUUGUCAAGAUCGAGCCGUUGUACGCACUUGUCUUCCGCAUGCAAGCAGAUUUCCGCAAUCAAAUCAAUGCAAUGAAACAAGGCAAGAUGGCCGACGUCCUCGCGAAGUCUUCCCACCCUACCGUCUUCCAAGAACUCAUCUCAGGUAAUCUCCCCGAAUCCGAGAAAGAAACCCGUCGCCUACAAGACGAGGCUCAGCUGGUUGUCGCCGCCGGAGUCACCACCACCGGCUGGGCCCUCACCGUGGCCACCUUCCAUCUGACCAGCAACCCUGCUACAUUGUCCCGACUGCGGGCCGAACUCGAAGCCGCCAUCCCCAACCCUACCGCGCCCUUGUCCUGGGCGGAGCUUGAGAAACUGCCUUACCUGACGGGCUGUGUGCGCGAGGCUGUACGCUUGUCAUAUGCAGUCUCCACACGGAACCCCAGGCUCUUCUCCAAACCACUCACCUAUAAGGACUGGGUGAUCCCGCCGCGCACGCCUGUGUCCAUGACUAUCGUGGAUGUGAGUGAUGACGAAGACAUUUUCCCUGCGGCCCACGAGUUCCGGCCUGAGCGAUGGAUCGGCAGCCCCAAGACCAAAGAUGGGAGCAGCCUUGAGCGGUAUUUUGUGGGAUUCGGCAAAGGCAGUCGGAGCUGUUUGGGAAUCAAUCUCGCCCACGCCGAACUCUACAUGACCUUGGCAGCCGUGUUCCGCAAUUUCGCCUUCGAGCUGUACGAGACGGACGUCUCGGAUGUGGCCUUGGCGCAUGACUUCUUCCUCCCCAGCCCAAAGCUAGACAGUCACGGGGUGAGGGUGAAGGUUUUGAAGGGGUAA